UGCUGAAAGCUUUUCCAAUCGCUAUAGAUAAAUGAGUCUGUAGACUCAAGUUCAAGUUGUUUGAUUGAUCAUUAAUUUAGGACAUUUAUUUUGAAAGAAGGAAGAAAACAAUCACAGCAAUCUAUGGUUCAAUUGUACAAUCUCACUCUAGUGGUGGUAUUGUUAGCUGUCCUCAGUGAAAUGGUGGAAAAAGGCGCAAUCUUUAUCCGGGGAGAGAAAUUCAAGUGCAGAUGAAGCCUUUCAGCUCAGGAAGCUUGCUUAGAGUUUUGCUCAUGCUGAGGACAGUGGAAAUAAUGGUGGGGUUGUUAGCCUUGGUCUGCAUUGCUCUGAGCAGUGGAAUGGUGGAUGGUGGAAGGAGCAUUCAACCUCUGGAGACAGAAGAUAUUCAAGUGGAGAAAAAACUCAAACUGCUUAACAAUCCUUUCGUGAAAAGCAUCCAGAGUGAAGAUGGAGAUGUCAUUGAUUGUGUAGAUAUCUACAAGCAACCGGCUUUUGAUCAUCCACUGCUGAAAAAUCACACUAUCAAGGUUUCUCCCAGCUUUGUUCCAACAAAUGGUGAUACUUCUGCUUCAUCAAUUAUGAAUUCGUCACUACCUUUUUCUCAAGUGUGGCACAAGAGUGGUAGCUGCCCCAAUGGAACAAUUCCAAUCCGGAGGAUUUUGCGACAACAUUUGCUCAAUGCCUCCUCCCUUGAGAGAUAUGGGAAGAAACCUAUGAAUAUAAUCACAAAAUGUGAUUUUCAUAUUCUUGAUUAUACGUUUGCUUUGGGAAUACAGCAUUACCACAGUACUGCAGCACUGAUCGCUUCAGGUUUUAGCUACACUGGAGCGAAAGCGGACAUUAAUGUGUGGAAUCCUCCCGUUGAAGCAGAUGAUGAGUACACCACUGGUCAGAUGACACUGACAAGUGGACCUUUCAAUAACUCAGACACAAUUGAGGUUGGAUGGAUGGUAAAUCCUUCGGUUUAUGGAGAUAGGCGAACCAGAUUAUUCAUAUACUGGACUAAUGACUCUGGGAAGUCGAGUGGCUGCUUUGACCUCCUCUGCCCAGGUUUUGUUCAGGUGAACAAAGACGUACUCCUUGGUGGCGCCAUAGAGCCUACAUCUUCAUAUUAUGGUCAACAGUAUGUUAUUCCUCUGGAAGUUGUCAAGGAUUUCGAGCAAGAUGUUUGGUGGCUUAUCACAAGAAAUGAAACUGAUACUCUAACUAUUGGCUACUGGCCUUGCGAUAUGUUCAUAAGCAUGUACCAUAUUGCGGAGAUGUUGAUGUGGGGUGGUGAUGUCUACAGUCCAAGAAUGCACACAGGACGUCACACUGCAACAGCCAUGGGUAGUGGCCACUUUUCAAGCGAGCACUGGAGCAUGGCCAGCUACAUCAAGCAGCCCCGCAUGAGGGAUUACUCUAUGACUUACAAGUACCCUUAUCCUUCAUCCCCCUUCACUCUGGAAGUGGACUGCUACAGCGCAGAAAACUACGCUGAAGUACUUUUCACAGAGCCAUUAUUUUAUUAUGGAGGCCCUGGACGGAAUUUAUAUUGUCCAUGAGCCUGCAAACUGCAGCGCUAAGCGCUGGUUAUCACAAACUUGAAAUACCCAGUUGUUAAUGCUGUGUUCUGUUUUUGUUUGUUUUUAAAUUAGUUGGGAUUUAUAAUAAAACAAUAGCUUAAAAUGCAAAAUCUCGUGCAGUU